AUGGUGUACGUAGCGGCUGUUUACGGGAAAUGGGAGAGGAGAGAGCAAGGGACUUGGUUCUUCGUAGUGGAUGACGACAAGGGCGGUAGACUGUUCUCAUUGAGAGAUGGUUGUACCCAUGGCGAGCUUGUUGAAAUGGCAAACGAUGAAUAUGGGGUUGAUUCGAAUUCUGAGCUUAUUGAGGUUUCGUACCCACUUCCAGCUGAUAUUAUCCAGGGGGUACCUAUCGAUUCUCCUCCUACGUUUGUAACGACUGAUAGGCAAGUUCAAGUCUUGGUAGAACUAAGUCGACUGCAUGUUAUACGGCUGAGUGUUUCGAGCAAGCGGAUGAAUACUGCGAAAAGCGAUUUACCAGAUGGUGAUAAUGUCGGAUCGGAUAGCGAGUGGGGCUUGUCUACUGAUGAUGAAGAUUGGGAUGCACAGGCAAACGAAUACGAUGAUGCAGACGAUGAACCCGUAGAUGAACCAAGACCAACAACCGAUUGGACCAAUGGUGAGAUUGAUGAAGCAGAAGCUGAUUAUAGUGAGUAUGGCAGAGUCCCAGACGAAGAUGUGCGCGAGAAAAAGGUUCCGCUUGAUGAUAUCCGGCUCAAAGGACGCUGCUAUAAUGAAGGAGGCCAUUUUGAUAAGUAUAGGGACGCCGUUAUCAAGGUUGGACAGCGUUUUGCAAGCAAGGAUGAACUUCUAAAUAUGUGUCGAUUGAUGGCUGUAGUGCACAGAUUCUCGUUUCGUGUCUUCAAGUCCUCACCAGCUCUCUUUGUUGCCACUUGCAACGUAAACGGAUGUGCAUGGCGAGUUAGGGCGUCUCUGAAGAACGAGGCAAUCGCGUUUUUCGUCACAAAGUAUGUGAGCAUCAUACUUGUUCUGUCGCCGACCGAGUAG